AAUCUCUUUGACUUCAACAACACAACGACAAAGAAAAUAUCAACAGCUUCCAUAUGUGGGGAGGGAGAGGGGAGGAACUUCUUCCGUUUCAGCAAGCUCCUAUGGAUAUAUACUUCUCACUCGCGGAGAAACGGCUUGCUACCUCCGUCGCAUUCGCGUGGGUCUCCUAUCGUUUUGGCCUAACAAUUCUUAGGCUUCUCCGCAAAUAUCUCAACAGAGCUGCUGUACGACGACGACAGGCCCGCCGCAGUUCUCGCGUGGGCCAAGGUUCACAGACGACAGAAACAGACAAUGCAACCGUAGGCCAGACUUGAGCCUAUUACUGGGCCAUGGAUUCAAUAACCCAACUUCCACUCUCUAAUGUUUCCUCCAGAGUUGGCUUCGGUAUUAUCUCUGAUUUCGUUGGAUUUUGAUGUGCACAUUUCGGAGAGAUAUGCGAGGCGAAAAAAUGGAUAAUAUCAGAUGCAUUCUGAGGGAGACAGUUGUGGCCGAGUUCCACUCGUGCUUUUUACAUCUCGCCCCAAAAUAAACGAGGCUAUCUGAUUAUCUUCCGACAAACCAAAUGCAGAUCAAGAGAGGAGAUAAGGAAGGAAAGACUUGAUGGCGCCUUACGUCGAUGCUUCUGUGCAUUAUUUGGGAACGAAUCGGUCAAAAUUUCAAUAUUUGCCGUCCAACAUAACACCUCACGAACCUCCCUAACCGUCUACAGCUCCACCCACGCGGUAAACUUCACCGAUAAACUGUGCCACUCUUUUCGCGAAGAAAUCGCGAACAAAAUCUCAGUACUCGACAUCUAGAGUGUGCGAAGUGACGCAACUGCAAUGCACAACAUGAACGAAAAAGGGUUAAACUGAUCGCACUCCAGUGCGUCGCGCAAAAGGGAGAGACGAAGACUUUAUGCUUCCCAUAGAUGGACAUAUACACCUCUCCUCUCCUAUUUAAAUAACGUAGAUUGUGCUUUUUCCAAUGGAGCUUACUGAUAUGGCGUGGGUGGGUGGUACGGGCUGAGGUUUGCGUUUUACGGAUGUUUUCUUUUUUUGGCUGAUACGCAUCUUCCUCUUCUCUAUCUUGCUUUCACGAAUUUGAUGAAUAUGAUACCCCCGCUUCUAUUUCGCUCCUGCUUCCUGGCGCACCUGGGAACUCUGCUUUUGUAUGUCUUUUGGCCCUAACCCCAUUCCUUUUUUCAUGUCGCAUAGUUUCAAACAUGAUAUCUAUGAUACAUUCCCAUACACACAUACAUACACAUACAUCCAUACAACUUGAUCAAAUGUAUCGGAUCCAUCUAUUAACUGUGGCAGCUUCACAAUUGACAAAUGGGGUAUAACUAGGUGGAUAAUUGCGUAGAUAGUUCCUAAGUAUGUACGGUGCGCUACAUAUCUCCCUCUCUCUAGACAGGGAGAUAAACAUGUGAUUGAGUUGAGUUCGAGGCUUCAAAUCACCUACAAUUCAACGCUAAUGGAACAUGAAUUUCAUGUUCGAGCGAGAAAGGAAAUCUAUUUCAUUCCGCCUGAUAAUCCGCUACCCCUACACUUCCUACCUCCAUGAAUUAGCAUGCCAACCAAAACCAUGAGAAAAUAGGGUAAAGAAAGCGGGCAUCGCCAGCCCAGCCUCUGUCUAUCUCAACCAAAUUGACAUCCAGUAGUCUAGUAGUAGAAAUCCAUUUAGCCAUUUGCAUGUUCC